UCUUUUCUCUCUCUGUGUGUGUGAAGUCGUCACUUCUUUUAGCUUAUUUUUGAAAUGCACGUGCUGUUAUGUUUAUCAUGCGAAGGCAGUCCGCAUAUAAAGUCCUCUCCACAGAAGUCAACUGGACCAUCUGAAGUGGCAUUGCAGAUUUGCCAUAGUGUUUUCAACACUGAUGUUUCUGUAAAGUUAUUUAUGUUACCAUACCUCUGAAGCUUCUUCACAGUGAAAGCAUAGUGCAAUAGGCUCAAUUACUUCACUCAACGUAAUUGUAUAUGGCGACUGUCAAUUUUAACCGAAGGGGUAUUUCAUAGGCACAGACACUUGACUUUAUUUGCAUGGAUGCUGCGUGAUACAGAGAGAUUUUCAACAUUGUAUGCUUUGGAAAAAACUGAAUCCACAACAACUGAAAAGCACGGGAGAAAGUGAAGCAAAGACCAUUAAACACGUCCUCCUAGUUUCCCUUUCCUAAGUUGCAGAGAUGGCCGAACCGACAGGCGUGUGGAAUGUGCAGAGCUUACAUGACAACAUCUACAUCUCCAAAAGGAGCAUCAGAAAGGCCUUCAUCAGCAAGAGACACUAUCUCCCAUGCGCAACCUCGGAGAGAGACAGCGGCAGCAGCAGUUGCCAUGGAGGAGCAUGUGGCAACCUAACACCCUCCAGCGAGCAGGAGCAGGAGUCUAUCGCAGGAUGCCCAGACCUGAUGAUCUGCAUCAAGUCCGAGCCUGUGGACUGCUACCUCUCCGAGAAGUUUUCCGGGCUCUGCCCGAGAGAAGAGGCGAUGCCGGUCACCCCGUCAUGUGUGCUGGCGACCAAGCUGGGCAGCAAUGAGAUGGCAGCCGAGCACGAGCCAAGAGACGCUCCCCGUGUCGAGCUCUGCCCGAGAGAAGAGACGAGGCAGGUCACCCCGUCAUGUGUGCUGGCGACCAGGCUGGGCAGCAAUGAGAUGGCAGCCGAGCACGAGCCAAGAGACGCGCCCCGUGUCUCCCUUCCACGCAGAGCUAAAGAAGUCAACAGGAGUGGGCUGAAGAGCAAGAAGGGCAGACACAGACACCACAGGUCUCACCGCCACGCAGAGAAACGGACGGAGGUUCCAUGUGACACGCAGAGCCUCAGCAGAAACAAGCAGGAUAAAGACGGCGGUGGUGAUGAUGAGGAUGGUGGUGGCGGUGGCGGAGAUGGUGGUGGUGAUGACGACGACGACGGCAAUAAGGAUGACGGCGCCGUGUCGGACGGACGUGUGGAAGAGGACAAAGGCAAGGAGGGACCAAAAGCCCCGGAGAAGGACCUCGGCCAGGCCGACGAGGAGGACAAGGGCUGCCUGAUCUUCCCGGCCAUGAAGAAGCGCGGCCAGGAGGGCGACAUGGAGAACCGGCCCUACAAGUGCCCGCACUGCAACUGGGCCUUCACCAAGUCCAGCAACCUGGUCAGCCACAUCCGCACGCACAGCGGCCUGAAGCCGCACGUGUGUGAGCUGUGCGGCAAGGCCUACUCGCACCAGGGCACGCUGCAGCAGCACAAGCGGCUGCACACGGGCGAGCGCCCCUACUGCUGCCCCUUCUGCGACAAGACCUACAACUGGUCGUCCGACUACCGCAAGCACAUCCGCACGCACACGGGCGAGAAGCCCUACGUGUGCCAGGCCUGCGGCAAGGACUUUGUGCGCUCCUCGGACCUGCGCAAGCACGAGCGCAACAUGCACUCCAACAACAAGCCCUUCAAGUGCGGCAAGUGCGGCCAGACCUUCAACAAGCCGCUGUCACUGCUGCGGCACGAGCGCACGCACCUGGGCAAGCGGCCCUUCGUGUGCCCGGACUGCGGCAAGGACUUUGCCAUGCCCAGCCGCAUGAUGGAGCACCGCAAGGUGCACAGCGGCGUCCGGCCCUACGUCUGCCCCGUCUGCAGCAAGGCCUUCACCAAGUCCUCCAACCUCAUGGAGCACCAGGCCGUGCACAGCGGGCUGCGGCCCUACAAGUGCGAGGAGUGCGGGAUGGCCUUCGCCAUGGCCUCGCGUCUCCUCCGACACCAGCGCAUGCACGCUGGAGAGUAGUGUACUGUAGUGACUGAAACUCUAGCCGCAACUGCAGCUUAACACGGGGACAGUCAGAGAGAGUGUCAAGAACCCUCAUGAACAAAAAGACAGAACAAUAAUUGUAUGUACAAGAAGUAGUGCCAUGCUAGUGGUGAGGGGGAAAAUGCAAUCUUCAGGGAGUAUCCUAUCCUGUCCUGUCCUGUCCUGUCAUUUCUAGACUGAACAUUUUCUGAGGUAUAUUUUCGGCCUCUCUAAUACAUAGAGACUCGAUCGACAUCUUCUAGAUUGUAUUUGGUCCCUGAGUACUCUUUUUUUUGUUGAAUUAGCACAUCAUGUUUUACUGUGUGGUGUCACUCGUACAGGUCAGUGAAGAUGUAGAGGACAGGAAGACGGGGACAGUGACACAUGUGGUAAAGUCGGGAAAUGACUCUUGGCUGAAUUAAAACCUGGAUCACCUUAUUGGACAUGGUCAUGCCAUCCAUACCCAUGUCUGGUCUUGAUCCACUGCUAUAAAUGUGAAGUGGAUUUAGUUUCUGGCAACUGCACUAAUUUCCCCCCUCUUAUCAUACACCUUAACGGGGGCGGUACAGCCUCCCCAGGGUGUGUUGGGGAGCUCUGGGGUGGCGUUGAGAAGGAUACAGCUGAGAGGGGGCUGUGCUUAGUUGCCAUUGGGGGCAUUAGUCUAUUUAAAUUUUCAAUACUAAGGGGGUGUUGUCGGGCUUAUGAUGAGAUCAAGGGGGUCGUUGGGAGGCUUGUGAGGAGGUCAUGGGGCGUUUGUUCAAAAAAGGUUGGGAAUCACUGCUUUAACCUCACUCACGGUUAAAUAUGGCACACAUCGUCUUUUGCAAUGAUAGUGUUAUUUAUUAUUUAUGAGUUAAUGUAACUACCUCCCUCUGACUUUAGAACACUUUAGAAUGUCUAAAGUCUUACACUACCUGACAGGACUUACUAACUAUGUUUUUGUCUAGCAUGUUCUUGUCAAACACAGUCUUGGAUGUAAUUAUAAGAAAGAGAUGAUGGCAAAAGAAAUGAUGCAUUUUGUAUACAUUUUUGAUACAUUUUUGAUACAUACUUAAGUGGAUGUGUUUUCAAAAAGGUCACAUGUACUUUCUUUAGAUAUGAAAACCAACUGAUCUUUUCUCACUGUAAACGGGUUAUUCUCGGUCUAUAAUGACUUACAGUUCACAGCCUGACACAGCGAGUUUGUUGAGCUAUCCUGCAUUUUAACUCACUCUCUCUCUCUCUCUCUCUCUCUCUCUCUCUCUCUCUCUGUCUCUGUCUCUCUCUCUCUCUCUCUCUCUCUCUCUCUCUCUCUCUCUCUCUCUCUCUCUCACACACACACACACACACACACACACACACACACACACACACACACACACACACUCAGGAAUGCUUGAGAACCAACUGUCUUAGUACCUACUGGGUUGGAGAUGUGUGCACAUGCUGUUUGAGAAUGUUCUCUCAGCACCUGCCAGCCCUUCCUUGGACCCUGGCCUAGAGCGACAGAUUUCGAAUGUUCCAGCAAGUGCAAAAGAAUUGUGUGAAUAUUUGCCAGGUGUCAGAAUGCGGGAAGCGGUGCAUCGGUUGUUAGGAUGUCUUUUUUUGUUCUCUCUCACUCAGGUCUCGUUAAAAGCUGUUACCAAGUUGCUUCAAUCAGUCAUCCGAGUGUUUUUUUUCCAUAGCUCUCUGUCUCUGGAUUUUUUUUGUGUGUGCUUGGCACCUAUCAGAAAAUGAGAAAAGUUCAAAUACAAAUCUUACAACUGCAUUGUUGAAAACACUUUUCAUCCCUUCAUGGUCAUGAAAAGGUUUUUUUAACGAAAAUCUAUCCAGUCAAGUCUGUAUAUAUUUUUAGACAUUGUUUGCAUAAAUGUUAACAGUCAUUAUCAUUUACACAAAUCUGAUUGGUUGAAAUUAUACUGUGAAGUUGUGUCAGUAUAGACUGUAGGGUCUGUGCCUAAGACAGUUCUCUCAUAUUGAGCAUCGGAGACUUGGAUUAAGAGUUACGGUAUGUCGUAGCAGAUGGAUAUGCUGUUUGCACAUCAAAUGUACUUGUCCAUGUACUUUUAUGAAUGUUCAGAUUGUAUUUGUAUGUCACUAAACACAUUUACUUUUAGGCCAGUAUGUAGGCUACUCUACGUACGUAUACGCACAAUUUUGAUAUUCAGUGUGGUAGAAAUAAAAUUCUGUUGACUGUA